CAUCCCGCGGGGUGCCAGACUGUUGGAGCUGACCUUCCUGGGCCGGAAGAUUUGGGCUUCCAGGGACCAUCUCGCACAGAAGGAGAGAAAGCCACCUGCCGAGAAUCACAAUGUGGCUCUCCCUGGUGUUCUUCUCAGGAAUGCUGUUGGGAGCCAGCCCAGCACAAAGAGUUCUGCCCCGCUCCACGGCGGGACCUAUUGCCGUGUAUCAUUUCUGCAACCUCACCCAGGUGCCCCUGGUCGCUAACACCACAGUGAAGCUCCUGUUGGCUUUCAACCGUAUCAGGACAGUGAACGCCACCUCCUUCCCACUGCUGGAGGAGUUGGAACUGCUGGAGCUUGGGAACCAAGCCACUGCCCUGACCAUCCACAGAGACGCUUUCAGGAACCUGCCCAAUCUUAAAGUCUUGGACUUGGGAUACAAUCCGGCGCUCUUCUUGGAUCCCGACGCUUUCCGGGGACUGUCCAAUCUGCUUGAGCUACGACUCUUCUACUGCGGCCUCUCGGAAUCCGUGCUCAGGGACGGCCACUUGCGGGAUUUACGAUCCUUGAUCCGCUUGGAUCUGUCCGCAAACCGCAUCCGAAGUCUUCCCCUUCACGCCUCAUUUCGGGAGCUGAGAUCUCUGGAGACCCUGGACCUGUCCAAAAACCAGAUCUCCUCUGUGUGCGAAAGGGAUCUCCAGAGCCUCCAGGGGAACCACUUCUCCCUGCUUAACCUUGCCGACAACCAGCUGUUCAGCCACAGGCCGGUCGACUGGGGAACGUGUGGCAACCCGUUCAGGAACAUCAUUCUCGACACCCUGGACGUUUCGGGGAACGGCUGGUCCGCCGACAUCACACGAGGCUUCUGUGCCGCCAUCAAUGGGACACCGGUUUCCUCGUUGGUGCUCCGCCACCACGUCAUAGGCUCUGGAUUUGGGUUUGAGAACCUCAAGGAUCCCAACAGUGACACCUUCUCCGGGCUCGAGAGAAGUUCGGUCGUUCAACUGGACCUCUCACAUGGCUUUAUCUUCUCUCUCGGGGCCCAGCUCUUUCGGACCCUCAAAAGACUGAAAGUCUUAAGUCUCACCCACAACAAGAUAAACAGGUUUGAAAAGGGGGCGUUUUAUGGCCUCGACAGUCUCCAAAUUCUCAACUUGUCAUUCAACCUGCUAGGCGAACUUUACAAUUCCAAUUUUGAUGGCCUCCCUAACAUAAAGUAUAUUGAUCUAAAACAAAAUCACAUUGGGGCAAUUCAGGACCAAACCUUCACCCACCUGAAAGAAUUAAGAACCUUAGAUCUCCGUGACAACGCUAUUAAAGAAAUCAAUUUUCUCCCAAGCAUCGACAGUGCCUUUCUGGCCGGUAACAAACUGGUACAUCUGAAAGGCGGUAUCAUCUCGGCAGAAUUUCUACACUUGGCAGAAAACAGACUGGAAGAUUUGGGAGAUCUGUACCUCCUUCUCCAAAUGCCACAGCUCCGGGUUCUCAUUUUAAAUCAAAAUCGGUUUUCCCAUUGUUAUGGAAAUUACCAUUUUUCACAGAACUCAGGCUUACUGAAACUUUUUCUAGGAGGAAACAUGUUGCAACUUGUCUGGGAGACAGGGUCAUGUUGGGAUGUGUUUAAUGGGCUUUCUCGUCUGCAGGUUCUCUACUUGAACAGCAAUAACCUUAGGUUUCUUCCACCGGGAGUCUUUAAAGGCCUGAUAUCACUUCGGACCCUUAACCUGAACUCCAACAGACUGACGUCACUUUCUCGCAGCGAUUUACCUGCCAAUUUGGAGAAACUUGAUUUAUCAAGAAAUCAACUGCUCUCUCCGGAUCCCAAACUAUUCCUUGCACUGAGAGUCCUGGAUUUAACACACAACAGGUACAUUUGUACAUGUGCACUGAGAGACUUUAUAGACUGGCUGAAUCAAACAAACAUCACCUUGUCUAAAUCACCCCAAGAUAUGUACUGUGCAUAUCCAGGCUCGUUAUCCGGAGUUUCGCUCCACUCAGUUUCAACCAAGGGCUGCAGUGAAAAAGAAAUCUAGAAAGCACUUCAGUUUUCACUUUCCCGUUUCUUCUCCAGAAUCCCGAUACUGAUUCAAAAUCCUAGAGGUGAGAGGGCCCGUGAGAAAUCAUCUAUUCCCGCCUACUGCCUCCAAACACGACAAUUCAGAAAAUAAUCCAAACUAAUGUGUUUCUGUAAACAAGAGAUUCUGAUAUCAUUUUUUUUAAAUAUGCAAUUGUUUGUUCCAUCCAGAUUUGGCCUUUCCCUGCAUUCUUGGCAACUCCAAAGCAGAUUCUGAAGUGAGUCUGUUUUCCAUCUAUGUUCCCUGGUUCACUAAGCAUUGCCAUUAUUAAUGAUGUACAGUCAAUAAGGCCUAGGAUUAACCACCUAGCUUCAA